UCCAUUCGCGUGACAAAUGUAAAUUUCAAUAUGGCCGCCGGAUUCAGACAUUGAUAAUAAGUUGUGUAAAUAAAUUAGCAUUUCAGUUAAUUCCAGGCAAAAAUGCCUUCCUCAGCUGGACGUAAUACAAGAUUAAGUUCCAGGCUAAAACGUAGACGACCAUCUCUGAAAAAAGGAGCAAGCAAUGCACUGAAUUCAGCUAACUCUGACUCAAAUGAUGAAGCAGCUUCCACAUCAGGAGAAACUGGAAUCCGAGUACAGCAAUACAAUCUGCGCAGGAGACCUGGUGACUCCAGCAAUACUGCAGUGCCGGCAAAACGAAAGAAAAAGACAAGGCAAAAUACACCAAUAAUUAAAGGUGAAGCUGUUGGUGGAAAGUACUUGCAGCAGGAUCUGCCAGAUGAGGUCCUUCUCAAGAUCUUCAGUUACCUGCUAGAGUUUGACCUGUGCAGGGCCUCACAAGUUUGUAAACGAUUUAGAACAAUUGGAAAUGAUGCUGAACAUUGGAAAAAGCUGUAUCAGGAAUUGUUUGAAUAUGACAUACCCCUAUUCCACCCAGAACCAAAAGUAUUCACAUUUGUAGAAAAGGAGAGCAAGGAAUAUGAAAAUCAGUGGAAGGAAAGCUUUAGACAGCUGUACCAAGGUGUUCAUGUGCGUCCUGGAUUCUAUGAUUUGUAUUCAUAUCGAGGAAAACGAUUGAGAAGCAGAGAUCUUGUGUGUUUUGACACAAUAGAGCAGGCAUACACAUUUGUGGAUACAGAAGAUAUUGAAGAUGCCAUCAUUUUUGUCCAUUCUGGAAUCUAUGUGGGAGAAUUUCUUCUAAUUGACCUCAAUGUCUCAAUACUUGGAGCAGCUCCAGGCAAUGUGAUGGAUCACGUGAUUAUAGAACGGGAGAGUGAGUCAACGAUCGUGUUUGUAGAGGGCGCUAGAGAUGCUUACUUAGGAUAUAUCACUUUAAAGUUUACUCCAGAUAUAGCCUCAUCUGUACCCCACCAUAAACAUUAUGCUCUUGAAGUAACAGAGAAUUGUUCUCCUACCAUAGACCACUGUAGGAUCAAGAGCACUUCUGUUGGUGCUGCUGUUUGUGUGUCUGGUUCAGGUGCUGAUCCAUUUAUACGACACUGUCUCAUCAAAGAUUGUGAAAAUGUUGGCCUCUACGUUACUGAUUAUGCACAGGGUACAUACGAGGACAAUGAGAUCAGUGGUAAUGCCCUUGCUGGUAUCUGGGUCAAGAACUAUGCUAACCCUAUCAUGCGCAGAAACCAUAUCCAUCAUGGCAGAGAUGUUGGAAUAUUUACAUUUGAUUAUGGACAGGGUUACUUUGAGAGCUGUGAUAUACAUAAUAAUCGUAUUGCUGGCUUUGAGGUGAAGGCAGGAGCCAACCCUACUGUGAUUCACUGUGAAAUACACCACGGUCAGACUGGUGGAAUAUAUGUGCAUGAAAAUGGUCGCGGACAAUUCAUAGACAAUAAAAUACAUUCAAAUAACUUUGCGGGUGUUUGGAUAACUUCAAAUAGUGAUCCUACUAUAAGGAAAAAUGAGAUAUACAAUGGUCAUCAAGGUGGUGUGUAUAUAUUUGGUGAAGGAAGGGGACUUAUAGAACACAAUAAUAUAUAUGGUAAUGCCCUAGCUGGUAUACAAAUCCGAACCAACAGCAAUCCAAUAGUUAGACACAACAAAAUCCACCAUGGUCAGCAUGGAGGUAUCUAUGUGCAUGAGAAAGGCCAAGGUUUGAUAGAAGAGAAUGAAGUAUACUCAAACACACUUGCAGGUGUAUGGAUCACCACUGGGAGUACACCUGUACUUAGACGCAAUAGAAUACACAGUGGUAAACAGGUUGGGGUAUAUUUUUACGACAAUGGUCAUGGUGUGCUGGAAGAUAAUGAUAUAUUCAACCACCUGUAUUCUGGUGUUCAAAUUAGAACUGGAAGCAAUCCAUUAAUACGAAGGAACAAGAUUUGGGGAGGUCAGAAUGGUGGAAUAUUAGUGUAUAAUAGUGGUCUAGGAAUGAUAGAAAACAAUGAAAUAUUUGACAAUGCAAUGGCAGGGGUGUGGAUUAAAACAGACAGUAACCCUGUGUUAAGACAUAAUAAAAUUCACGAUGGAAGAGACGGUGGAAUUUGUAUUUUCAACGGGGGAAAAGGAAUUCUGGAAGAAAAUGACAUUUUCCGAAACGCCCAAGCUGGGUUGCUAAUCAGCACACAAAGCAACCCAACUUUGCGGCGGAACCGAAUAUUUGAUGGUCAGGCUGCGGGUGUUGAGAUAACCAAUAAUGCUACAGCAAAUCUGGAGGGUAACAAAGUGUUUAAUAACAAAUUCGGAGGGUUGUGUCUCGCAAGUGGAGUAAAUCCAGUCAUGAAAGAUAAUCAAAUCUAUGGAAACCACAACAUGGUACAGAAAGCUGUGUCCUCUGGUCAGUGCCUAUACAAAAUCUCCAGCUAUACAAGCUUUCCAAUGCAUGACUUCUACAGAUGUAAGACAUGCAAUACAACUGAGAGGAAUGCAAUCUGUGUGAACUGUAUAAAAACUUGCCAUGGAGGUCAUGAGGUGGAAUUUAUCCGACAUGAUCGCUUCUUUUGUGACUGCGGAGCAGGAACGUUGAACAAUGCGUGCAGGUUACAGGGUGAGCCAACCCAAGAUACGGACACGCUCUAUGAUUCUGCUGCACCUAUGGAAUCUCACACACUACGAGUUAACUGAUAGCAUGCCAGUAGGGAUUUACCUUGUGUUGUGGAUUUAUACUUGAUAUCGGGUAGUUUUUGAUAGUGUCAUUAACUACAGUUGUCAACUACAGCAGUUAUAAACAUUACAUGUAUAUCACAUGUAUUUUUAUGUUACAAACGUAACAGAGUUGACAUCCGAGCCAGUGCUGAGGGGAGUUGAUCAAAAUCCAGCAGUUGAGGAGGAAAAGAACAUUUUGCCAAAACUUUAAGGGAAGGAGUAGUGGUUACCAGUAUCUAAAUUCCUAAGGAAUUCAAUAUUUAUACAUAUAUCUUAGCUUUGAUACUUAGACAAAUUGCACAGUUACAUUGUAUUCUCAUAGCAAAACACACUGCCACAGAGUCACUGUUGCCUUGGUGACUGUACCAAAUUAUUACUACCUGUGUCACAAGUUUGUAAGCGUGCCAGUCAUGUACUGGCCAUGAUAGUUAUGUCUAGAUAAUGUCUAGUUACACAUUAUAAUACACUGCCCUUUUUCAUGGUGAAGUUCUUUGCAUCUAUACACAGUGUCCAUAACCCAGAGCUAAAUGCAUGGUCAGUUGAAAGUAUUAGAGUAGAUGUUAAAUUAUACAUAGAACACAUUUGAUAAAAGCUGUGUACAGGUAAAGGCAAACUUGAUUUCAGUUAAUGUUUCAUAAAAAAGGAAUAAGAAGUUUGUUUGAAAUAAAAGUUUAAAUGGUUUUACACUGCUUAAGAUCAUCUGAAACUUUAUUGACACUUUAAAUGGUUGAAACAGAGUUUUAUAUUUUAGAGGAAUAAUGUGUAGCAUAACACAUGCUUAACAUUUACCAAGAUUUAAUGUAGAUUGGUUCAGUUUAAAAAAUUAGUGAUAAACAAAAUUCUUUAAUAACAAGUAUCUUCAAGACUUGAGAGUGUUCUGAUUGAGAAGUUUGAUGUAGGCAGGAUAUUGAGGAAAUAGGAAAGAUUUCUUACUUACUACUGGUGUGUGAUUUUGUUUGAUGAUUACAGAUCCAACUGCUGAUACCCUUUUAUACAAGGGUGACAAAUGUGCCACUGUAAAUUACAAUACAUGUAGAUACACAUAGUGUUAACACUGCAUGUCCAUGUAUAUACAGACUGUGUACAAAGUGCACAAAAACACAUAUAUUUGUAAAGAGAUUGUUGUGUAUAGAUAUUAUUUGUACAAAUGUAUUUUAGGAUUUUUUUCGGUGUUGGUCAAAACAAAGGUCUGUUAAAUUUGUUCUUUUUUAUUACCUUACACUGAAAAGUGCUAAAUAAAAACUCGUCUUACAAUUUUAGCAUUCAAUAUUGAUGGUGAUAUUGCAAUACAUUGUAUAAAUUUGUAAACUAUAUUUUUUUUGUAUUUUCCGCACCAAGUAUUACUUAAAUGUUGUGCAAAUGGAAAGUUACUUUGUAUAUUCAAAUCUUUUUAAUUCAGCACUUAAGAUUUUUUUUCAUAAAUUUUUCAAUAUUUUAUUCAACAAAUAGCAUGUGAUUACAAUAUAUUUUACAAAAGCAAGGGAUCGAGUAGUAAGCUAAUAACCUUUUUUAGAAUUUAGAAACUCUUUCUUGAAAACAGGUACAUACUAAAUUACAGUGACAACAAUUGUAAUAUAAAAUGUUCAAGUUUGAAAUAUUUUUAGAAGUUCUGAAUUUGGAGUUGACUUGAAGCUUUCUCUUAUCGAAUUUGAUGGAUCUUAACAUAAUUUAAAAUAUUUUAAUCAAAAUCUUUUUUGACCUUAAAAUAUGUGAAGAUAUAAAAGAUUCACAUUAAUAAGCGCAAACUCGUGUUUAAAGGCAGUCCAGUGAUUGUAUAAUAUGUCUGGCUUACAUGCCAGUUCAGCAAAAAGUUGGUUUGUCAUCAAACAAUAAAAGACGAAAGUUAGGUUCCCAGCUGGUUCUGGCUUAAGGUGCUAUCUUCAUAAUUAACCCAGAGCAUUACUGUCACAAAUUGUCAGCAUGAUAUUUGAUUUAAACCACUUACUACAUAUUAUGUUGUGUAUUUUGGGCCGGAGGCCUUUGUUACAUUUAAUAAACUUUUGACUUGACUUGACUUGACAUGGUGUACUCACUGCUUUUAAGCAACCAUUUUAUUUAUUAACAAUUUUCAUUUUAUGUUGACGUUCAGGUGCUGUAGA